AAAAAAAACAAUAACGAAAAACACCGGGGUGCGCCAUUAACCGGGAGAGAAGCGUCAGUGUAUUUAUUUAUUGUCCAAAAUGAACAUCUUGAGCCCCAAAAAAGAUGGGAGCCCCAACGCCAAAUUCUUCGAGUCACCUGAGACUAUUUCUCUUUUGGAUGGAGUCAAAACUUGGCUCCAGAAGAAUGCGAAGAAGUACAUUCAAACAGAUCCUCCGACCAACAAGGGACUUUCGUCUCUUCUAAUAUCACUUGUACAGUUUCAAGAAGACAAUUUUGGUAAAAACACUCAGAAACCACAGCACACUCGCCUUCCUAUGAAGCUUUUUCUCGAUAUGAAACCUGGUGGUGCACUUUGUCAUAUUCUUUCAACGAUGUAUAAGUUUAAAAGUGAACAAGGAUGGCGUCGCUUUGACUUGCAGUCUCCAUCACGUUUAGAGCGGAAUAUUGAGAUGAUGGGACAAGUAGAGAAAGCAUUAAAUGCAUCUAAAGUGUUUUCUCCUCCUAAUGUCUUUGUGAGACCAGAUGUUGACAAGCAGACAGCUCAGAAAGUUAAAGAAGUUGUUAAAAAACAUCAGGGAAAUAUCACAGAAAAUGAGUCGGAAGCCUCACACAUUGUCUACCCUAUUUGUGAUCCUUUGGAUGAAGAGUAUGCUCGCCCAGUUCUUCGCCGGGACCGAAUGGUUAUGAUGCAUUGGUACUAUUUCCCGGACAGCUAUGAUUCGUGGAAUAGUGUUGAGCUACCCGUGGAUCCUCCUGAUUCACCAGCCCCACACACUGAAGCGUGGAGGGUUGGUGCUAACUGGGCCAUUGAAAUGGAGCAGUACAAUGAAUGGAUGAAUGAAGAAGACUAUGAAGUUGAUGAGGCUGGCAAAAAGAAAGUUCAUAAGUUACGCAUCUCUGUUGAUGAUGUAAUGAGUUUAUCUGAUCCGUCAAACAAGAAAGGCAAGCCGAAGCGUAAACGUUCACCUAGCCCUCCACCGAAAGGCAAGAGGAAAAGUGGUCGCAGCCCUGCUGUUGUUGUUGGCAAAAAACACAAAGGGGAUAAUGAUGAUGAUGAUCUGACCAAGGAUAUGGAUGAUCCUCCUGCUGAGCCAAAUGUGUCUGAAGUUAAUGUUAGCAAGCCAGCGCUUUCUUCCAAGAAAGAUAGUGACCUUCAGCCUGUUAAGGGUGGAACAGUUCAUGAUUUAGAUGAUGAUGGUGACAAGAACGAGGACAGCCAAAUGGGAAAAGCUUCAGACACCCAAGAAGGAACUUUGAAAGAUGACCAAGAGGACAAUGUGACUGAGCAAACUCACCACAUAAUAAUUCCAAGCUAUUCAGCAUGGUUCGAUUACAAUGCUAUUCAUACUGUUGAGAAGAGAGCUCUUCCAGAAUUUUUCAAUGGCAAGAACAAAAGCAAGACACCUGAAAUCUAUCUGGCUUACCGCAACUUCAUGAUUGAUACAUACAGACUAAACCCCACUGAGUAUAUAACUAGCACAGCUUGCAGGCGGAACCUGGCUGGUGAUGUGUGCGCCAUCAUGCGCGUUCAUGCUUUCUUAGAGCAGUGGGGUCUUAUCAACUACCAGGUGGAUGUUGACAGCCGACCCACUCCCAUGGGUCCUCCGCCCACCUCCCACUUCCAUGUUUUGGCAGAUACACCGAGUGGAUUGCAGCCUGUUAACCCACCUAAAACUCCACAACCAUCUGCUGCUAAAACUCUUCUGGAUAUGGACAAAAAAGAAAUUCCUAAGAAAUCUGAUGCAGAUCCAGGAAGCAUUUUCGGUCUAAAACUUGACCAGUAUGCUCGGAAACCAGCAGCACUGCGCAACAAGACUGCUGCUAGUAUGACCCGUGACUGGACUUAUCAGGAAACUCUUCUGCUGCUUGAAGGUCUUGAACUCUACAAGGAUGACUGGAACAAAGUUUGUGAACAUGUUGGCAGCAGGACACAAGAUGAGUGCAUCUUGCACUUCUUGCGUUUACCUAUUGAAGACCCUUACCUCGAGGACCAUGAAGCUGGAGGUGCUCUUGGUCCCUUGGCGUACCAACCCAUUCCGUUCAGUAAGGCUGGAAAUCCUAUCAUGUCCACUGUUGCUUUCUUGGCAUCAGUAGUUGAUCCACGAGUUGCUGCAUCUGCUGCAAAGGCUGCCAUGGAGGAGUUUGCCAACAUCAAGGAUGAAGUGCCCGCUAAUGUUAUAGAGCAACACUUGAAGAGUGUUGAGGCAGCUGUUGCAGAGGGAAAGACUGAUCCUGUUGCUGGCCUUCUUAUGACUGGUAUUGCUGGUACAGAACCUGAGAAAGAUGAAGAAGAGAAAGAGAAGAAAGAUGGGGAAAAAUCAAAGGAUGAUAAGGACAAGAAAGAUGGUGAAGAUGGAGAUAAGGAAGGUAAGGAAAAAGAUGAGAAAGAUAGCAAAGAGGAGGACGAAAAGAGUGAGAAAGAUGGAAAGGAAGAUGCAAAGGACAAAGAAUCUGAGUCUGAGGUUGAUAAAGCAGUCAAGAGUGCUAAAGAGGAUAAGGAAAAGGAUGUUAAGGAUACCAAGAAGGAAGAGAAGGAUACAGAUAAGGAUGUAGAAAUGAAAGAGGUAGAGAAAAAAGAUUCAGAAAAAGAUGCUGAAAAAGAGAAGGAUGAGCCCAUGGAUAUUGAUAAGAAGGAAGGAGAUGAGGAUGAAGAAAAGAAGGAAAAGGAUGAGGAAAAAACUAAAGAUGUUCCAGCUAAGCCUAAGAUUGUUAAAGAUGCUCAAUUACAGUCAGCUGCAGCUGCUGCUCUUGCUGCUGCAGCAGUGAAAGCCAAGCAUCUGGCAGCUGUUGAGGAACGUAAGAUCAAAUCCCUUGUUGCUUUACUUGUGGAAACACAAAUGAAGAAGCUUGAAAUUAAACUAAGACACUUUGAAGAGUUAGAGAGCACUAUGGAAAGAGAAAGAGAGGGCCUAGAGUACCAGCGUCAACAGCUAAUUACAGAGAGACAACAGUUCCACCUUGAACAGUUGAAGGCAGCUGAAUUCAGGGCAAGACAGCAGGCUCAGCAGAGACUGCAAAUGGAACAUGAUCAAGGAGGUAUACCGCCGGCUUCACCUUUGACUCAGCAACAGCAGCAAAUGCAGCAAACCGCUCCUCACCCACCUGCACCACAUUUGCAACCACCCCACCCACAGCAGCAACCUUCACCGCAAGCAACGUCAGCUUAAGUGUGGUUAUGAUUAUGUAAAUUGUCUUGUGUAUGAUGUGGUUGAAUGAGUGGUUAAAUGUAUGUUUUGCUAAGAUUUAUAAUUAGGUCCUCUCAAAUUGUGUACCUGUUGUAUUUGUCUCUCAAUAUUUGUAGCAAGUUAGAAAAGUAGUAAUUACAUUUAAUUUAGUUGUAUGAAGAUUACCUAGGUAUUUUUAACAUAGUAUUCAUGUGUGCACAUUCUUUUUAUUUUUGACCCGUCCUGUUACAGGCCAUGUAACUGUUCAGUCUUGCUUCCCAUCUUUUUCUCGAGGUCUUGAUUUCACUCUUUUUUUAGUUCCUCUGCUAAACUGUGUAGUAUAUGGUUGACCUUAAUUGUAUAAUGUAGCUUCAUAAUGCUAUAGUUUUAGAAUCAAUUUCUUCAUCAACUAAAUAUUAUAUAAGAUUGUCACUUUGUGAUAUUGUAAAUUAAAACAUUUUAUGUCUCUA